CCGACCGAGACGAGAUGGACGGAGGUGGCGUGAAGCGGCCCCACGACGACGAGUCGCUGCCGCGCAAGCUCACGGCCGUCGGCGUGCAAGGCCCGACGGGCGCUGCAUACACGGUGUACGAGAAGAACUGGCACUGCAAGGACUGCGGGCAAGAGAACUACGCGCGCCGGCCACGCUGCAUGCGCUGCCGGGCGGCCAAGGUCGCUGCGCCGGACGCGCUCGUGUACACAGCGGCGAACCACGAAAACAAGUGGCGCGAGGCGCUGGACCCGUCGACGCAGAAGAUCUACUACUACCACAUCGAGACGAAUGCGACGCAGUGGGAGCGUCCCAAGGAGAUGGGGGCGGCGCCGCACUCGACGGGCUGGUUUGGCCGCGGCCAAGCUGGUAUUGACAACGCGAGCAAGUACGAAGAUCUCAACACGCGCCUUCUUCAGCGGCCCGCGCGCAAGCAGAUCGAUGCGAUGCCGACCAAGAACACGCGCAUGGAGGGCGGGAACGAGUACAACAUUUGGUACGACAAGUACGUCGGCGAGAACUGGGACCACACCAAGGGCCAGGACCCGGCCGAGCACCGCUGCUGCCUCGAGACGGACGGCGGGUACACAAAGGCUGACAAGAUUGGCAAGUCCAACAAGUUUUUCUGCCUCCACUUUGCCCGCGGUGGCUGCGCGCGGGGUACCGAGUGCAACUACUUUCAUCGGCUGCCGACGAUGGCCGACGAGCUUCGCCUCGGCAUGCUCCACGACUGCUUCGGCCGCGAGCGCCAUGCGACAGACCGCGACGACAUGGCGGGCGCCGGUAACUUCAUGCGCAACUCGCGGACCUUGUACGUUGGCGGGCUCAAGCCCAAGAGCAUGGUCACGGACAUCGUUAUGCAAGCGUUUGAAGAGUGGGGUGAGGUCGAGAACGUCAACAUUGUGCACCGCCUCACGACAGCGUUCGUCCGGUAUCGCCACCGCACGUCGGCCGAGUUUGCAAAGGAAGCGAUGAGCAACCAGGCGCUCGAAGACAGCGAAAUCCUCCAGAUCAAGUGGGCCAUGGACGACCCGAACCCAGUCGCCAAGGCUGCGGCCCAGCGAGCGGAUGCUGAUGCGGUGCAUGCGAUGCUCAAGUCGCGCAACGUCUCGACGACAGCCGCGCCAUUCGACUACCCCGAGACGUACCAGAUGCAGGCCAACAAGAAGCAGAAGGCGCUCACGGACGCCAACAUGUACCCGGACACGGACACGCAGUUUGCUGCGACGCACCACGCGGCCAUCGAGCAGCAGAAGCAGAUGAAGCUCCUGAGCUACGCCGACCAGAGCGACGACGAAGGCGAGGAUAACGCGUAGAGGCCACCCACGAUCCAAGUGCCUCGUAGGUCUCUUGCAGCUACACUGUACGUACUACGUUCCUUGCUUAAGACCUGUAUCUAUGCAGCGCCAGAUCAAUUGUGAUACUCGAAGAAGGAGAUUGGUGCUAGCAGUGAAG